AUGAAAUUCUUGUACAGAAAAAGUAAAUCUCGUUUAACAUUUACCUUUCAUCACAAAAGCUUUUCAACAAUCUCCACUGCCAAAGCUGAGCUACCAUUCCAACAACACCAAGAAGAAGAAAAAGAAGAAGAAGAAGAAGACCAUGUUUGGAUAUGCACCAGAAAAACCUUUCUGCAAAUGCAGCAAACCAUCGUCCAAAAAUGCGCCAAACAUCGAUCAAUCCUGCCGGGAAAAUCCUCCCACGCACAGAUCAUUCAAUUCGGGCUUCAAUCCGACAUUUCCACCUCCAACAUGCUCAUCAACAUGUACUCCAAAUGCGGCGCCGCGGAUCACGCCCGCAAGGUGUUCGACGAAAUGCGCCUGAGAAGCGUGGUCUCCUGGAACACCAUGAUCGGCGCCUACACUCAAAACGGGAACGCUUCCGCCGCUCUGAACCUCUUCGUCGCGAUGCUGAGAGACUCAUCCGAGUUCAGCGAGUUCGCCCUCUCGAGCGUGCUCUGCGCCUGCGCCUCGAACGCGCUCGCGUUCGAGAGCAAGCAGCUGCACGCCGUCGUCAUCAAGUCGGCGAUGGAGUCCAACGCCUUCGUCGGCACCGCAUUGCUCGACGUCUACGCGAAAUGCCGUUCAAUCGCCGACGCCUCGCGCCUGUUCGACACAAUGCCUGAGAGAAGCGAUGUCACAUGGAGCUCAAUGAUGGCUGGCCUCGUCCAAAACGACCUCCACGAGGAGGCCUUGCGAUUGCUCCUCGCGGCGCAGAGGAACGCCGUGGAGACGAACGUGUUCAUGCUCUCGUCCGUGCUCUCCGCCUGCGCGGCCUUGGCCGCCUUAAUCGAAGGGAAGCAAGUGCACGCGGUCGUGUGGAAGUCCGGCUUCUUCGCGAACGAGUACAUCGCCUCGUCUCUCGUGGACGUCUACGCGAGAUGCGGGAGCAUCUCGCACGCCCACUCUGUUUUCUCCGAGGCGGAGAAGGCGAAGGCGAACGUGAUCCUAUGGAACACGAUGAUCUCCGGCUUUGCUCGGCAUGCCAGGCCGUUGGAGGCGAUGAUGCUGUUCGAGAAGAUGCAGCAGGCGCUGCUCCGCCCGAGCGAGGCGACCUACGUCUCCAUCCUCUCCGCGUGCGCCCACAACGGAUUGGCCGAGACGGGGCGAAGAUACUUCGCCAUGAUGAAAACAGAGCAUGAUCUGAACCCCAACUCUGUCCACUACUCGUGUAUGGUGGACAUCCUCGGGAGGGCGGGGAUGAUCGCGGAGGCGAAGGCUCUGAUCGAGGAGAUGCCGUUUGAGGCCACCCCGUCCAUGUGGGGCUCGCUCCUCGCCUCGUGCAGGGUUCAUAGAAACGUCGAGGUGGCUGAGGUUGCAGCGAGGGAGUUGUUUAAGAUCGAGCCACACAAUGCCGGCAACCACGUGCUGCUCUCAAACAUAUACGCCGCGAGUGGGAGGUGGGACGACGUUGCAGCCGCGAGGAAGCUGCUUAAAGGAAGCGCAGCGAAGAAGGAGAAAGGGAGGAGUUGGAUUGAGAUCAAAGACAAGGUGCAUUCAUUCAUGGUGGGGGAGAGGAGCCAUCCGCGGAUGGGGGAGAUCUACACGCGGCUGGACGGGCUGCUCGAGGAGAUGGAGAAGGCCGGGUUCACGGGGCACGUUGAGCACGAUCUGCACGACGUGGAGGAGGAGUGCAAGAGGGAGCUGCUGAAGCAUCAUAGUGAGAAGCUGGCUUUCACAUUGGGGUGGAUGUGUUUGCCUCAAUUCGUGCCGAUAAGGAUCAUGAAGAACUUGAGGAUCUGUGGAGACUGCCACCAGUUCAUGAAGGUGGCGUCGGCCGUGACGGCGAGGGAGAUCGUGGUGAGGGAUAAUAAUCGGUUUCACCAUUUUAGAGAGGGGAGGUGCUCUUGUGGGGAGUUUUGGUGAAGUGUGUGUUGUGUGUUUUUUUGGAAAGUUUUGGUGAGUUUAUGGAGAUGGAGGUUGAAGAGGUGGUUAGAAACUAGGAGUUUUUUUAUGUGGGAAUGCUUGUUAGGGAAAGUGAUGUAUGAUUCUUUUAUAGUGAAAAAGAAUAUGAAUUAAAAAAAUUCUACUCUACCUUUUCACCCGAUUCA